AUGGCCACCUCGAGCGUCGUUGUCGCCGAAGGCGCCAACUCUGGCCUCGCCAUCAACCUUCACCCUCUGGCCAUCCUGAACAUUUCAGACCACUACACACGCUCCAAGCUCACGUCCAUCGAGAAGGACCCUAAGCUCGUUGGCGUGCUCCUCGGCCAGCAGACAGGUCGCGAGGUGUCGAUUGUCAACUCGUUCGAGCUCGUGUACUUUGACAACCACGAUAUCAAGCUGGACGAGGAAUUCUUUACCACGCGUCGCGAGCAGUUCUCGCAGGUCUUCCCCACGCAGAGCGUUGUGGGAUGGUACUCGGUCGGCAGCACGCCCACUGCGCAGGACGUGGCCAUCCAUGCCCAGGUGGUCGCCAGCGACGCCGGCCCGGGCGUGUUCGUGCUCUUCAACCCCGACAUUCCCGAGGACGCGCAGGCGCUCCCCUUUACGGUGUACGAGUCGGCGCUGACCGAGGGCGCCGACGGGGACGGCAAGUUUGUCCAGCUCGAGGUCGGCGUCGAGACGGGCGAGGCGGAGCGUAUUGCCGUGGACGGUAUCACCAAGGAGGUCGGCGGCGAUGGCGACACGAGUGGCCAGGUCGGCAGCUUGACCAUGCAGCGUAACGCCAUUGCCAUGCUGUACAACCGUAUCGUCGUGCUUGUCAAGUACAUCUCGGGCGUUAUUGAUGGCACCGCUACUGUCGACCACGACAUUCUGCGACAGAUCGCGGCGCUCGUCGCGACUCUGCCAGUCAUGGACGCCACCGAGUUCAAGGCCGAGCUGUCGACGGAAUACAACGACGUGCAGCUCACCGACUACCUCACCACCCUGCUUCGUCAACUGGAGGCGUUCUCGGACUACACUGACAAGCACCUCGCCCUGCACCCUGCGCAGUCCGAGGAAGGACCUGGCCGCGGGUUCAAGCACUUUGGCGGCAUCAAGUCUUCGAUGGGCGGCGGUUCGGGCCGUCGCCAGCGCCGUCACCACAGGUGA